GAGUUAGCAUUUGGGUAUAAAAGAGGCGGCGGUGGACCUGCCUGUCAGAUGGUUUGUUGUUUUUCUGUUUGCCAGGUUGAGAAGGGAAUGUAAGAGUUAGAAACUUAACAAGGUAACCAAGGAACGGGACAGCUAGAGCGACGUUCGAGCCAAUGGAGUUUCUGAAGCCGUAACUUUCUUUGACGAGACAGAAGACUUUUGUUACACAACUUUGUCAAGUUCGGGUUGGUUGCUGCUUGAAAAAGACCAUCACAGCUUCUUGUCUUUUCAGUGGAGGCUGAAAGGUUGUUGGUGGACAGUACAAUGAGAGAAGAGGUAUCCUGCACCAACUCGCCCGAAGGAGGUCUGGGGGCCAGUGAAGAGGAACUGGAAAGAGGAUCGAAGAAGACCUCCCAAGCAGGUAAUCGGAAGCGUUCCCCUUACCCCAAGAAGGACAGCCUGGUUCAGGCAGAGGAGAGCAGUACCGGCAGCCCAACCAGCCUUCUGCCAACUGGUCCGAAGAAGGUAAAGAAAAGCCCUAUGACUGUUGUGUCAUUGGCCCCCACAUCGCUGGGCCCCCGGCUGGACCAGCCCUUUGAGGACCUCCACUCUCAGCGUGUCAUCGCCAACGUGCGGGAGCGCCAACGCACUCAGUCCCUGAAUGACGCCUUCGCCUCUCUACGCAAAAUUAUCCCCACGCUACCUUCGGACAAGCUGAGCAAGAUCCAGAUCCUGAAGCUGGCGUCGCGCUACAUUGACUUCCUCUACCAGGUGCUGCAGAGUGACGAGAUGGACGCCAAGCUGGCCAGCUGCAACUACCUGGCCCACGAAAGACUGAGCUACGCCUUUUCUGUCUGGAGGAUGGAGGGCGCCUGGGCAAUGUCCACCAGCCACUAGGAUCCCAUGGAACUUCUGUCAUAAACCCUCUUGUGUCCACAUCUCCACCCCACCGCCCGUGUCUGUGUUUGCACCCAUUUCAUGACCUCUGACCCUCUGAAUUCUUUCCCUUUGGUCUGAUCUUAACCUUUUCAUCUUAAACCGUGGCAUACAUUCCUGCUCUCUCCAUGAGCACCAAAAUGGUUCACUUCCUCUCUAUUAACAUUCAGAGUUGGAUCUUAGCAACUAAACCUGUUGUCUUGAAUUGUUUCCACUUCCACUGAUCUCCCCCUUGUCCUAAAGUCUGUCAAGUGCAACAAGACGCUCCACUGCAGCCCUUCAGAAAACCAACAAAAAUCUACACAUCUACUAAGAAGAAAUGUGUUCCUGCCCGACCAAAUAACCACCCAUUUUUUAAUCUCUCAAAACCAUUUUUUUUCUCUUUCUCUGGACACGUGCCCGACACUGAGAUGUAUUUUUGCAGGUUGACUCCAACAGUUCCGUGUUUCUAAAACACUGUUGAGGAGACAGUCAAGUGGCAAACAUUUUUAAUGAUGAAAACAAGAAGAAAUACAAACAGCUGGCCUGCGUGGACAAUGAAACAAAAUGGCUGCUGGUUUGAGUGCCUUGGGUGACGCCGUGAUAACCAUCAUCCAUUUGACUCAACGCAACGGACGAUUCACUGCCAGACAGACAUUAAGAUGACUAAUGCUAAUGCCGCAGUGAUGGUUAGAGGGCGGUCACAGCCAAUGAAUGUUUACAGCUAAAAUGCUAAUAAGCUAAUCGCUCUGGCUCUCAAAGCACCGUCUUGUGGGAAAAAGAGCAGCACGAGGAAUCCGAUGCAGAUCUCCUACUGUGUUGUGCUGUAGUAAGCUGGAUUGCUUUCUGUUUUGGAGAUUUUUAACGUUUCUGUUUGUAAAUGUGGUGUGUGCACACUGUAUGACUUUAACUCAUGCAUUACACUUGGAUUUAAUGAAAAAUGCCCAUAGGAUGUGUUAAACCACCGAUUACAGUUCAGCCACUAUUUCAUUCUUUUUUUUUUUACUUCACCUUUUCUCUUAUUAGUGAGCGUCACAGAAAGUUGUACUUUAAAAAUGCAAGACAAUCUGAUCGAUGCAUGUCCUUUUCCUGCCGCUUUAAGAAACCUUUGCAAACUUGUGAACAUUCUCGCUGAAUAAUGCAAAAAAUACAAAAUAAAAGCGGAAUGUUUCUUGUAAAAAGCGUGACCCCAGUCAUGAUAUAGAGGAUUCAUUUGAUAUCACAAGUAGUCUAAUUACUGUUUGAUCAUGUUUCUUUUGUGUUUUUCAGUAUUUGCUUUUAAUAAACUUCAUUGUGUCAGCUCCUUUGGCCAAUAAAACUUUUCUUGAUGCUGUA